AGUGCAAUAGGUUGAUAAAAAUUUUUAUUUUUAUGUUUUUUUUCUUCCAUGAUGUUAGGAAAAGUGUCCGAUGGCUGAUGCCUAUACUUCUGAUAUCGCAGACCGUAGUUAUAUCAUUUUUCCUAUCGUUAAUCGUUAUUACUUUAAGCUUUAAAUUUUUUUCAUGACAUCUUUUAUAUUUUUGUUAUAUUGUUUUUACUAUUUUAUUGUAAGUUCCCUUAAAAAUGAAUUUUAAGUCAAUAGAUUUUGAUCUAGCACAAAACGUAUUUUAUUUCCACAAUGCCGAAUUACAAAGUUUAACGUUUGUGCUUGACUGGGACACUGGAGAAAAAUUCUAUUCUAACUUAUUAAGAAAGUCCUUUGCAAAUAUAUUAGAUAGACCAAAUGAUCAUUCUAUGAUACUUGUAAAACCAGGACAAACCAAUUAUUUUCAUAGAAAGAUUCCAGCAUUUGAUAUUAAAUAUAUUGAAGAUUGCUUUAAAUUCAAAGAAUAUCUUGAUCCAACCAAAUAUUUAAUUAAAAACACAUGUCUUGCAAAUUAUACAAAAGAUGAUAUAUUUGAUUGUUGGUUCUAUCAAAAUAAAUCAUGGUCUGAUUUAGUUUCAAUUCCAGAAAACAAAAAUAAUAAUUGUAAAAUUAUAUCCUCAUCUACUAAUCCCAUUUCUCAAGUCGCAAGUUCUAGAUCUAACGCUGAUUCUAAUGAUACUAUGUUGUCUAACAAUUUACAGAAGACUAAUUUAAAAAACACAAGAAUGCCUUAUUCACAUAAAGAAGAGAUGAAUAUUGUUAAUUACAUAAUCAAAAACAAUUAUGCUUUCAAUGUCACCGGAGUAACAAUGUGGCAACGUAUGGAACAUGCCAAAGUAUGUAAACAUCGUACAUGGCAAUCUAUGAAAGAAAGGUAUUUAAAACACAUUAAAUAUGAUUUAAAUUCAGGAAAUCAUAGAUUCCCAUUUCUUUCACCAAAUGAUUUGAAACUAUUGCGACAAGGUUUAAAUAUUGAAAAAUUAAAUAAGUAUGAUAAAGAAGCAAUAAAAUCUCGAUUCAAUGAAGAACGAAAUGAAGAUUAUAAUUCAGAUAGUUCCUAAUAUAUAACCUAACUAUGUAAUCUGAUAUUCCAUUAAUUUGGUUCUAUUAUACUUAUAAAAAAAAGGGUUUGUCUGUUUUUUAGUACUUAAGAUUUUUUUAACACAU